AUGGAUAUAGGAACCGCUUUAGGAAUCGCAGGCAUCGCUGUAACACUGCCUGCAUUGGCAGAGGCAACUGUGCAGUACGGAAGAUUCAUCAUCGAAAAAUAUCGCACGUACAAACAUGGUGAAGCCGAUCACAAUAUCCAGACGCUCCUGGUACGACUUCACUGGGAUGAGAUCCAGGCCACGAUUCUUUUCUUCGCAUCAAGCUGCGAUCGCUUCGAAGUCACCGUCAAGGACUUAGUCGAGGCGCAUCUUCAAGUCCUGCUGAAGAAGUUCGAAGUUGUGAUUCUUAAAUUGAACAAGAAUGUCAGCGGGGCAGGCCAAGUACGAAGAUUUCGGUAUGCUUUGUUUGGAAAGCAGAUUCUUGAGGAUCUCAUCCAGGACCUGGAUAAGUGGCAAGCCAGGUUCUUGCAGUAUCUCCAGUUGAUAACUUUCACGGGACAUCGGAUGGUUGAACCAAAGUCCGUUGCUGCAGAGUAUGCCAAACAAGUACCGUCUCUUCAGUCGUUCUCUGUUUUGCAGGAUCAGACUGUCAUCGAGGACAAGGAAAGUGAACCAAGAAAAGUGGUGCCAUCCAAGAAGGCAAUCGAGCUUCGCGCAGAAGAGUAUCCAACUCCACAACAGAGGCCUUUGCGUGGAUCCACGGUAUACAUCUCGGGAUGGCAAGAAGGAGGCGCACCCGCACAAAGUGUCAUAGUAGACCGAAGAUACUACGAGCCAAGCCGUGACAAUCUCAAAUAUAUCCGUCAGAUCGUCAGCCAGACAGCACGCAUCCUUUCCGAGUCCGAUGUCGAGACCACGAGCAUCUUGCCCUGCCUAGGUUUCGUUCAUCGACCCGAACUCAAUCGCUUUGAUCUCAUCCUCUCAAUCCCAAAGUCCUUGCCCUCCUCCACAACUAAGGAGUUCGAGCCCCGCAGUCUCCGUCACAUGUUGACAGACCCUGGGUAUGGCGGCUAUACAUACCACUCCCUCAGCAAGCGUCUGCAACUUGCGAAGAAGCUCGCCUCAGCCGUGUUCUAUAUCCAUACCUCGAAAUUGGUGCACAAGAACAUUCGCCCAGAGAACAUACUCAUGUUCUGUGGCCCGAGCGAGGACGCCGAGCUGAUGAACAAGAAGGAUGCAUUUCCGUACAAGCUAGGCCAACCUGUCUUGGUGGGAUUUGAAAACGUGCGUCAGGUGGAAGCUGAAUGGGCCUCGAACCGCAGUGGCAGCUUGACGUGGGAAGAGGAUAUAUAUCAGCACCCGAGUAGACACGGAGCCACGGCUGCGAAGUACUACAGUGUGCAGCAUGAUGUGUAUAGCCUCGGGAUCGUGCUGAUCGAACUGGCUUUGUGGCGUUCAUUUGUUGUGUUUGAUGCAUAG